GUUUUGAUGUGUUUCUCAGAAUGGCAGCAUCUUCAAACAUUUGGCCUUCUGUUAGGGGAAUGCCUUGAUAGCACGAUAAGCCAAUCAAUGUGGGGCAAGCCAGUUAAGGCACGCCUCUAGCAGAGCUUGGCCAGUCAAGAGUGUCGGAUUCACGAGGGGGGGGCUUACCCCCACUAAACAGCCCUGCCAAGCUGUGGCUGAGCGAAGUGAAUGACGUCUCUGCAUUUGCAGCCGCCGACGCAGUGUUUGGUUUCCAUUUUCACAGCCGAGUUUCGGGGUGACCAACAACAUGGAGCCGGAGAUUGAGGACAAAACGUUGGAAUUAAUGGUCAGUCAUACUCCUCUUUAAACCAUUACUAAGCUCAAUGUGCUCUGUGCCUCGCUCUCUCUGGCUGGGCUGCUCCUCGGUGGCAGAGAGUUUGUGUGCACUCAGGUGCCUGCAGAGCAUCCCCUCCACCCGGGCACACAACCAGAACACAUCAGUCAUGGAGUCUCAGAACCACGUAGACGACCUCUCGCCAAAGAAGACCACAGUUCUCACCAAGCUUAGUAACGGUCCUGUGAUGACGGGCUCUCGUAAGCGCCCGUCGGAGGGGGGCAACGACAAGGAGAAGGCGCACUGCAUCGCCCUGUUUGACCAGUGGUCCGAGACUGACCAAGUGGAGUUUGUAGAACACCUUAUCUCCCGAAUGUGCCACUACCAACACGGCCACAUCAACACCUACCUCAAACCCAUGCUCCAACGAGACUUCAUCACAGCACUGCCAGCCCAGGGUCUGGACCACAUAGCAGAGAACAUCCUGUCGUUCCUGGACGCGCAGUCUCUGUGCUCCGCGGAGCUGGUGUGUAAGGAGUGGCAGAGGGUGAUCUCUGAGGGCAUGCUCUGGAAGAAACUCAUAGAACGCAUGGUCCGCACAGACCCCCUCUGGAAAGGCCUGUCCGAGAGGCACCAGUGGGAGAAGUAUCUGUUCAAGAACCGAACGACAGAAGUCCCGCCCAACUCCUACUACCACUCCCUGUACCCCAAGAUCAUCCAGGACAUAGAGACUAUCGAGGCUAACUGGCGGUGUGGCAGACACAACCUGCAGAGGAUCCAGUGUCGGUCAGAGAACAGUAAAGGAGUCUACUGCCUCCAGUACGACGACGAUAAAAUCAUCAGCGGCCUGAGAGACAACUCCAUAAAGAUCUGGGACAAGCAGUCUCUGGAGUGUCUGAAGAUCCUGACAGGUCAUACAGGGUCAGUGUUGUGUCUGCAGUAUGAUGAGAGAGUCAUAGUCACUGGUUCCUCCGACUCCACUGUCAGGGUGUGGGACGUGACGUCGGGUGAGGUAUUGAACACCCUGAUCCAUCACAACGAGGCGGUGCUCCACCUGCGCUUCUGCAACGGUCUGAUGGUGACUUGUUCCAAGGACCGCUCCAUAGCUGUGUGGGACAUGGCCUCGCCCACCGACAUCAGCCUCCGGCGGGUCCUCGUGGGUCACCGCGCCGCCGUCAACGUGGUCGAUUUUGACGACAAAUACAUUGUGUCGGCGUCGGGGGACCGCACCAUCAAGGUGUGGAGCACCAGUACGUGUGAGUUUGUGCGCACGCUAAACGGACACAAGCGAGGCAUCGCCUGCCUGCAGUACAGAGACAGACUGGUGGUCAGUGGCUCCUCAGACAACACCAUACGGUUAUGGGAUAUUGAAUGUGGAGCGUGUUUGCGAGUGUUAGAAGGUCAUGAGGAACUGGUCCGCUGCAUUCGCUUUGACAAUAAGAGGAUUGUCAGUGGGGCCUAUGACGGUAAAAUCAAGGUGUGGGACCUGCAAGCUGCCCUGGACCCACGAGCCCCAGCCAGCACCUUGUGUCUACGCACACUGGUGGAGCACUCGGGGCGCGUGUUCCGGCUGCAGUUUGACGAGUUCCAGAUCAUCAGCAGUUCCCAUGACGACACCAUCCUCAUCUGGGACUUCCUGAACGUGUCGACCAAUGGACAGUCAGAGGGCCGGUCCCCCUCACGCACCUACACCUAUAUCUCCAGAUAGCAGGUGGCGCCAUCCACUGCAGCGAGUCUUGGAGGAGCUGAGAUCUGAUUGGCUGAUGGAGGGUGUGUUGCAGAGAGGAGCUCAACUCGUCUUCUUCCUCAUCCUUCUGUCCAUACACCGAUUCUGACAAGGACUUAAGUCUCCCACCACACCCCUGAAACACACACACACGCACUGAAACUUUUCCUGCAGUUGAACACACACCCACACAUUUCAUAUUCUAUCACUAACUUAUGUUCUCCAGUCUACACUAACCCACCACAGUCAUGUUUUUUUACAUAUCUUACACCACACAUGACCUAAUCACUUACCUUAAGAAGUCCUACCAUAAGCUCUAGUUCUUCAGUUCUCACCCCCAACCCUACCUAGACACACGUGCUCGUAUGGACGGAGAAUGACCGUGGUGCUGCAGUGUGGGAGAGAGAGACUUUUAUCUCGGCUCUGAGUGAGGAAGGAUGAGAGAUGGAGUUAGUUAAUGAGUGAAGAAUGAAGACUCCACUCCAUCUAUCCUGGUUCCUACUCUUCUUCUCCCUGAGAUGAACACUUGUUCGGAAUGCGGAACACACGUGUGUGAACCUGUAAAAUGCGGCAUAGACUAAUAGAAAGACUGGCUGUAUUGCUCUGUCACCAUGGAAAUGGAUGUGCAUGUUGAGGUUGCCGGGAUACGUCGUCCUGGGCGACAUCUAUGCUCUUUCCUUUUACGUCUGUUUUACUUUCUGAAUGUUUUUUAUUCUUUUGUUUUUAUAUUUUAUUUGACAAAUCAUUUUGUUCUUAGUAAAAUUAUACUAAGCAUUGUAGUUCUCUUUCUGUCUCUCUUAUUCUCAUUGUCUUUCUCAUUCACUCUUCUGUCGUUUCCGCUCAUCAUCUUUCUCUGUCCAUCCAUGCUCGCUUUAGUUAUGAGAGAAGCUGGAACUCUGAAUGCAAUUUAGCUGUAAACUGAGUCCUCUUGUCAAAAUUGUUCUAUAUUAAAAAGAUUUUUUUAAAGAAAAUGAUAUUGUGAAUAAAGUACUUGACAGUGAUUGGGUAUUGAGCCAACUAACGUGAA